AAUACCAGUUUCUAAAUAAAUUCCGCAUUUUACGCACACGCUGCGGCUCGAUGUUGAAUUUUCUUUAGUAUCAGUAACUUACCAAGCUUGUUCGCGGUUUCUCGUAUUGUGUUGACCGUUUAUUUUUAUUAGAGGCUGCUUAUGUGAUAUUUUUAAAUUACCUCCCAAGGCCAGUAAAGAACUAAUAAGGAUUAUACAAUGUCGUUUUGGACUUCUCUAACAGCAUCUAUCCGAAACUUAGGAAGUCGCAUAGGGCAGUUAUUCACAAAAAAGAAGAACGACGUCGUAGAAGAAGUUGAAGAAACCGAACAAAGAGUUGAAGAUGUCGUUGAAGAACGUGGCAAAAAAACCAAUGAGGCUUUAGAAAGGACCAAGAGUGAUGCGCAGAAGAUUGCCCAGGAAGCUGCCCAAGCAGUCACAAGAGCAAAAUCCAACAUAGCCGAAGACCUACAAAACGCGGGCAAAGAAUUAGACACUCAGCUGCAACAGAAAGCCCAGGCAGCUGAACACACUUUGCAAGAUUCACUCCAAAAUCUAGGCCGUACUAUUGACACAAAACUCCAGGACGCUACUAGUGCAGCUGAAACUAAAAAAAACGACCUAGCUCACGCUGCCGAAUCCGAAAGGCAAAAGAUUGUCAACGGAGCCCAAAGUCUGGCAAAGAACAUCGAUAACAGGGUGAGAGAAACUGAAGAGGCUGCUGCUAAACAAGCUCAAGAAGUCGCAAGGAGAGUCAAAGAAACUGAAGAGGCUGCUGCUAAGAAAGCUCAAGAAGUCGCAAAUCAACUCAAAGAAGCUGAAGCUGCUGCAGCUCAAAAAGCAAAACAAGCAGCCGAUGCUUUAAACGCUGAGAAACAACGAUUAGCUCAAGCAGCUCAAGAAGCAAAAGAAGCGGCCGCUAAGAAAGCCAGAGAGGCAGCUGAAGCUGCCAGUAACAAGAUAAAAGAGGCUGAGCAAGCUGCUGCUAAUAAAGCCAGAGAAGCAGCUGAAGCUGCCAACAACUUAGCAAAAGCCGCAGAUAACAAGUUAAAAGAAGCUGAGCAAGCAGCUGCUAAUAAAGCCAAAGAAGCAGCUGAAGCUGCCAAUAAUUUAGCCAAAGCCGCAGAUAAUAAGCUAAAAGAAGCUGAGCAAGCUGCCGCCAAUAAAGCCCAAGAAGCAAAAGAAGGAGCACAUAAUUUAGCCAGAAACGUUGAUAAUAAAAUAAAAGAAACCCAAGAUGCUGCUGGUCAAGCCGCCCAAAAUUUAGCUAAAAACGUCAAGGAAGCUGAACAAGCCGCAGCAAACAAAGCCAAAGAAGCCGCCGAAGCUGCACAAAAAGCAGCCCAGGAUGGCCAACAACGUUUAGCACAGGGAGCCCAAAAUGUAGCCCAAAGCAUCGACAACAAAGCAAAAGAAGCUGCCCAGAAUUUAGCUAGAAACGUCGAUAACAAAGUCAAAGAAACCCAAGAAGCAGCUGCCGCCAAAGCAAAAGAAGCAGCUGAGGCUGUCGAAGCUGAAAAACGACGAUUGGCCGCCGGAGCGCAAAACUUAGCUCAGGGCAUCGAUGCUAGACUACAAGAUACCAAACAUGCCGCCGAACAGAAAGCUAAAGAAGCUGCCGAAGGUGCCCAACACUUGGCUAGAAGCAUGGAUAAUAAGUUGCACGAUGUUGCCGUCGUAGCUGAAGCUGAAAGGCAAAGAAGGGCUCAGGGAGCGCAAAAUGUUGCACAGAAUGUCAACCAAGGACUCCAAUCUUUUGGUAACGCAAUGACCCAAAGGGCGCAACAAGUCAACGCGGGUCUUCACGAUGCUGAAAUUUCAAUGGAAAAUAACCUGAAACAGUCAGCACAAAAUGUCGAUAACAAACUGAGAGAAACCGGAAGAAAUAUUGACGAUUCAGUCUCUGAUGCUUUCGAUGAGGCCAACAAAAGGGCCCACGCUGGUCUCGAUGACAUUUCGAGUACCGCUUCGAACAUUUUUGGAAAAAGUCUACUACCAAAAGAGUAAAUGCAGUCAUGUAUUUCCUAUAUUAAGUAUUUAUGAAAUAAUGUUAUUCUGUCCAAUAUUGAUGUCAGUUUUGUGCCUAUGCGAUAUUCUUAGUGAAGAAUAAUAUUUUAAGAAACUGUGUUAAAAUUUAUUUGCUAUUACGUAUACAAUUUAUAUAAUAAUGUUGCCUUUUGAUAUUUAUUUUUUAAGAUAUCAAAAACUAAAACAAAAAUAUUUUUGGUGUAGAGCUUUAAAGCAUAAACUUUGUAACUGUAAAUAAAUAAUUUAGAUUAUAUUCAUUAAUUAAUUCAAAGACAAAUUAUAGUUACUUUUUUUUUAUCACCGUAACUGCACAAUAACAGAAAACCAUUUAUUCACAAUAAGCAAAUAAAACUGUUGCAUCUCUUCUGGUUUUAUGAAUAUUUUAUAUUUUCUAAAUGUAUAAUAAUUUGUUGUGCUUUAAAAAUACAAAUAAAAAUUAUUACUCAAAUUACAUGAUUUAUGACAUUCGAAUCCAAAAGCCUUACUAAAUUACUUUCAGGUCAAUAAAUUAAAUAAUAUGCACUAUAUUGUUAUAAAAAAAAAAAAUUACAUAGAACUUAAACAUUCUACCUUUGACUGGUAUCUCUAGGUCUAUAAGCUAUUCCGCGACUCUUCAUUUCCCUGAUUAUUCCAUUGGGUAGUCUGCCCGACACGGAAAUAGCGUACACACCUUUACA